AUGAUGAGUAAAUUAGAAGCAUUACCAAAUGAAAUUCUUAUUUUAAUAUUUUGCAAUUUAUCAUGGUUCGAAAGGACAAUAUCAUUAUGGUCGUUAAAUGCGCGUUUCAAUUUUCUCAUUUGUUUAACUUUUUCAAUAGACGAGAAUGGUAUUAUUUUUAAUCAACCUGGUUUAUCUUAUAAGAAAUGUUAUUCAGGAUCGUUUCCAUUAAUUUCUAAUUUAUCAACGUUAUCUGUCGCUUCUUUUGUUCGCCAUAUGCAUUUUGAUGGAACAAAUUCUAAUGUUUGCGAUCUUAUUCAUAAAUUACUUUUUCAUAACAAUUUUGGCGAAGGUUUUCACUAUCCUAAUCUGAAAUCACUUGUUGUCAGCGAAUGCUUGUUGAGCGAACCAUUAAUUAAAAGUUUAUCAUGGCUAAUUGAAAAUCAAUUGUAUAAACUUACAUUAUCAUUUGAAAAAGUAGGAAAACAAACGGUGAUGCUAAAAAAGUUUAUAAACAAGCUUUUCUCCCGUCAAAAUCAACUGGUUUCUCUUCGACUUGAUAUUGCCAAUGGAAUGUGUGAUAUUGAUAUUCAUCAGUGUUUAUCAUUAUCCUCUUAUCCUUAUUCAAGAGUCAUCUUCAAUAAACGUGAAUCUUAUUGCUUGAGUCUUCGUUAUUUGCAUAUUCAUCUAAUCUAUACAUGCUUCCUUGAACAUAUUAUUGAAUGUAUUCCAGCUCUUGAACAAAUGUCAGUCAAUUUUAAAAGUUCAAUGAAUAUGGAACCGCGAUCUACGACAGACAUAGAAACACUAAUCAAGUCAAAUGGCACUUGGUUUGAUAAACUACCAAAAUUAGAAAGUUUCAGUUUAAAAACUUUAAUUUGUGAUGCUCUACAAUUCGCUUAUUUGAAAUGGCUUCUGAAUAAUGUUAAUUAUAUUCGAAAACUUAAAAUUCGUCUUGGUGGUAAUGAAGUAUCGAAUAAAACGACAACUAUUUGGAAUUUACUCGUUGAUGCUGAUUUUAUUCGUCAAUAUUGUAUGCCUGAUAUAUGCAAGAAUUUGACUAACUUCGAUUUUUAUAUCGCUUUUAAAUGUGAAUUACUAUCAGUUAAUACUGAAAAAAUUAUAAAUUCAUUUAAGAUACAUCCAUUUUUUAUUGAUCGUCAAUGGACAAAUGUAACAUGUUUCUUUGACCCGAUUCUGUCAUAUCAACAUCUUUCUUCUUCUAUUGUUAAUCAACUUCAAUUCUAUAAUGGCUUACGCUAUUAUCCGAACUUUUCCACUUGGCCAUAUAUUCGAAGAAUUUCUAUUGAUUUACAUCCAUCUAUUUAUUCAUUGCUCCAACGAUUUGAUCAGCUGUUUCCUAAUGUUUGGUACAUCAAAGUUAAUAUGAUAUAUUUCCGAAAUGGUGACGAAUCAGAUCGAUCGGCACAAUUGCGAGUGCUAUUUGAAACGGAGCGAUGGAAUCUGAUCAAUAUUCAAUUGUCUUAUGUUACCAGACUUGAUUUUGGCUUUUGUUCAAAGUGUCUAGAUGGCAGUUGUGAUAAAUCCAUCGAUCGAAAUAAAACACGUGCAAAAAUGCUUGCUUGCCUUAUUUCAAUGACUGUUCAACUCAAAUAUCUUAUCGUGGAAAAUUUUCAGUGGCUUUUACAUGCCGUUCAAUAUGCAUCUAAUGAAUUAAAAAAUAACCUAUUGCUUACUGUUCAAUAUGCUGAGUUUGGUGUUGCAAGUUGUCAUCGUGGUUCAAAUGAAUCGAUUUCUGUUGGCAAAAAUCUUGUUCCUUUUCUAAGCACUUAUGUGCCUCAUUUACAGACAUUACGCCUUUGGAGGCCAGAUGAUUUUCCUUGGACAUCUAUUCGACCAGGUUUCAAGCUAGACUGUCGGUAUGCAGCUUUGCUUACACAAUGGCUUGAUUCACUAAUAACUCCUCAAUCGAUCGCUCAACAUGUAACUAUUUUCCAACAAGAUCUUUGUCAAUUGGCUGAAGAGUUGAAAGAAUUGUGUUUUCUUGAUAUUUAUGGCGCAAUCCAUCGUGAAAAAGUCGAAUCUUAUCAUUCCAUGGUUAAAACAUGUUUUCCUAAUAGUCAAAUUUAUAUUGGAAUAUCAAGAUUUCGUCUUUGGAUUUAA